AUGCCUCGGACACUGCUUCUGUGUUUCAUCCAUGGCUUCAAAGUGAGUAGUCAACAACAGCAAGCCAUCGAUGCACCGGCACAGCAAGCAGCUAACAAGAAGUACAAGGGGAAUGAAAGCACCUUUCACGAUUUUCCAGAUGACCUAAAGCGUUCAGUCACCAAGCAACUCCCCGACCACCACGUCGAGUCCAUCGUGUACCCUCAGUAUGAGACCAAAGGCGAAUUGGCGCAGGCCACCGAUGCGUUUCUCUCAUGGCUCAAAGAACGGGUCCUGGAUGUGAGAAAGACCAACGUGGAGAAGCCCUGGCCUCCAAACGACAGAGAGGUCGGAGUCGUUCUCGUUGCUCAUUCCAUGGGAGGAUUCGUCGCCGCAGAUUCGCUCUUCCUCGCCAUCAACGAGCGGGCGCAGUCCAACCCGACAGAAGAGGACCCCAUCUUCCCCCUGAUCCAAGGCAUCCUCACCUUCGACACCCCCUACAACGGUCUAGCCCGCUCCAUGUUCGUAUACGGCGGCUUCUCAAACUACCAAAAGGUCAGCAGCGUCUUCAACGUCAUGACAGCCCUCUCGGCCGCCGCACCCUCCACCCUCGCCCGCUUGGGCACCCGCCGGGCCGCAACCUCGGCCGUAGCAUCCACCACCACCCGCAACCCGGGCUGGAAGACGUGGCAGCUCGUCGCCGUGAGGACAGGCACCGUAGGCGCCAUCGCAGCCGGCGGCGUCGCCGCCUACGUCAACCGCGAGGCCAUCCUGAAGAGCCUCAAGGGCCUCAACAAGAACUCCGUCAAGGAGGGCUACCAGCAGAGCGUCGAUGCACUCGGCCAGGGGCUGGCGUACAUCAACCGCGGCAACGUCGGCCAGUCGUUCGCCUGGCUCUCGGACCACUUCACCUUUGUCGGCGCGCUCAUGAAGCAAAAGGAACUCAACCGCCGGCUCGAACGGAUGGGCGCGCUCAAGGGCGUCGGCAUCCACGACUUUUACGCGUCGCUGGGGGAGAACGGAUACUGGCAGGGCGGGUACUUUGUCCCCGAGCGGACGUUUUGCGCCGUGCCCGAGGAGAGCCAUCCUGCUUCGUCCCUCUUCUCGCGCCAGGUUCUGCCAGAGGUCGACGACGAGGUGGCGGCGCACAUGGCUAUGUUCCAGCCCGAGAAGCACAAGGGAUACGAGCAUAUGACGGAGCAGGCGGCCGACUUGGUGAUUGAGUGGUUCAAGAGCGAGGAGCCUGUCGUCGACGACGCAAAGUUCCGCGAGACGCCGCCUGAGGAGGUCGCGGAGGACCACGAGGUCGAGGAGACGCUGGAAAAGGUCAUCUCCAACACCGAGGUGCCGGAAGAAAAGUCGGACGACAAGGCCGAGGAGAGGCUGAACGAAAAGGAAGCUUCCAAGUCGGCUGCUGACGAAGAGAUGCCCGAUGAGUCGCCCAUUGACAUUGCCGCCGCCGCCUCGCUCGUGCCGCUCCCCGCGGACGGCGAGGGUGGUUUGGUCGGGGAUAUGAACCCGGAGAACAUGACUACCGAGGAGAAGCGGACGUACAUGCAGCAUCUCUUCCGGAUCGCGCAGUCAACGGGAACGGGCGUCAAGGGCUGGCUGCCAGGUAAGAUGCCCAACAUGCCCAGCAUGCCAGGUAUACCGGGCAUGCCAGCUAUACCCAAUAUGCCCAAGGUUCCCGCCUCCGUCUCGUCCCUAGGCCAGGCGUCGCUGCCGAGCGUCAACAUUUUUAGAAAGUCCACGCCUUCGCAACCGCCGACUGACAGGGAGAAACCCGAGGCGGAGAAGACGAGCGAUGCCGGGGACGUUGCAAAGGCGGAAGGCGAUGCGGCGAAGCCUCGCCCGAGUACCGCCGACGCCAAGAAGAAAGACCAAGAGAUUGUUGGCAACGAGACUGCUCAAGCGGCGGUUGCCAGUGGCCAACUCGAGACGCAGACCACCGAGCCGGUCGCCGAUGGGGGUAAGAAAAAGAGCUGGUCUCUGCCGAGCGUCAACAUCUUUCGAAAGUCGACGCCGUCUCAGGCGCCUGCUGCUGAUGGGAAGGAGGUUGCAAAGGCCGAGAGUGAGCAGAAGUCUGAAACACAAGUAGCUGGUGGUGGUGGAAAGGUUGAGGACCGAGACUCCCAGGGAGGGGAGGCGGUUGGUAACGAAAUGGCUCAAGUCGCGGCUGCGACGGGUCAGCUGGAGACGGCUGAUGAUGCUACGAAGACGACGGCAUGA